GGGUGGUGGCGGCGGGGACGGGGCAGCCAGCGGGAGGCGGACCUGGGGGCCGAGCCGAGCCGAACAGAACCGGACCGAACCGAGCCGAACAGAACCGAGCCGAACAGAACCGGACCGCGCAGCUUCGCCGUCCGUCUUAGCCCGGAGCCUGUCCGAGCGGGAGGCGCGAAGACCCGAGCCCCGGGAUGCUCCGUGAGCCGGGUUGUGGUGGAGUCACCAUCCCUGAAGAUGUUUAAAAGGCGUUUAGACGAGGUUCCUAGGGAGGCCACGAAGACGGUUAAGGGAGUGGGGCAUCUCCUUUAUGAGGAAAGGCUGAGGGGGCUGGGUCUCUUUAGUUUGGAGGAGACUGAGGGGUGACCUCAUUAAUGUUUGUAAAUAUGUAAAGGGUGAGUGUCAGGAGGAUGGAGCCAGGCUCUUCUCUGUGAUAACCAAUGAUAGGACAAGGGGCAAUGGGUACAAACUGGAACACAAGAGGUUCCACUUAAAUAUGAGAAGAAACUUCUUCUCAGUGAGGGUGGCAGAGCCUGGCCCAGGCUGCCCAGGGGGUUGUGGAGUCUCCUUCUCUGCAGACAUUCCAACCCGCCUGGACACCUUCCUGUGUAACCUCAUCUGGGUGUUCCUGCUCCAUGGGGGGAUUGCACUGGAUGAGCUUUCCAGGUCUCUUCCAACCCCUGACAUUCUGUGAUUCUGUGAUGUGGGUUAGUGCUAGAGUUAGGUCAUGUUUGGACUCGAUGAUCCUGAGGGUUUCUUCCAACCAAAACGAUCCUGGGAAGCUGUUUGGAUAACUCAGCCUUAAGAUUUUGAAUCAGCUAAAUUAAAUGCAGAAGAACUCAUGGCCAAGGAAGUCAUUGUGAAUGCUGAGACUUUGCUCUUCACAACUUGUUCAGCUGGUUUGGAAAUUGUGCUUUGAGGCAGUUAAGACCUUGAGAGCAAGGCCAUUCUGUGUGCACAUAGUCAUCAGCUGCAGAUUUCAUUCUUAAUCUUAAAAUUUGGGCAAGUAUUUCAGAGGAACUCAGCUCUUAAGUGCAGUAGUAAUAGCAAUAUUCAUAUGAGUGUACAUGUGAUAACUACUAGUGCCAGCGUGUAUUUUUCAAAACCAAUUAUAGGAAAAUUUCUGUUGGCGUACAGGGAGACAAUGGAUGAUCUAUAGAAGUGCGUGAAUUACUCCCAAAAGUCUGUAACAGCAGCAACAAAAGCAGUAAAACAGCAGCAAGUGCAUGUGUGACUAAUGGGAUAUUUUAGUUGGAAAACAGGCUGGUGGGUAACAUUUAGAAGGACAAGGAAUUACUGGAGGGAGUCCAGCCGAGAGUUAUGAAGAUGAUGAGGGGUCUGGAGCAUCUUAUGUGGAGAGACUGGGAGAGCUGGGGCUGUUCAGCCUGGAGAAGAGAAGCUGGGAGGGAUCUCAUCAGUGCUUAUAAAUAUCUCAGGGUGGGUGCCAAGAGGAUGGACCAGACUCUGUUCAGUGGUGCCCAGUGACAGGAUGAGGGGCAACGGGCACAGACUGAAGCACAGGAGGUUCCAUCUGAAUUUGAGGAGAAACUUCUUUCCUGUGAGGUGCCAGAGCCUGGCCCAGGCUGCCCAGAGAGGCUGUGGAGUCUCCUUCUCUGAGACAUUCAAACCCGCCUGGACACGACCCUGUGUGAUCUGCUCUGGUGACCCUGCGUGAGCAGAAAAAGACACCAACGGAGAUGCUUUGUGGGUUUGGUGUUAUCCCUCCGUAACAGCUGAACUGAGGAGUCUGUUGCUGCGGAAAUGCUGCCUUACAGAUGAAAAUAAACUGCUUCAUACGUUUGUAUUUGGCCAGUAUAAGAGGUCAUGGUUCUACAUCACGACUGCGGAAGUUCAGGAUUCUCCAGCCUUGAAAAAGGUGACCCACUUCUCCAUCGUCCUGACGGCCAAAGACUUCAACCCAGAGAAAUACGCCGCCUUCACGAGGAUACUGUGUAGAAUCUACUUGAAGCACGGAAGUCCAGUUAAAAUGAUGGAGAGUUACAUUGCAGUCCUGACCAAGGGGAUCUGCCAAAGUGAAGAAAAUGGGUCUUUCCUCAGCAAAGAUUUUGAUGCUCGGAAGGCUUAUCUUGCCGGUUCCAUCAAAGAUAUAGUAUCUCAGUUUGGAAUGGAAACAGUUAUCUUAUAUACAGCACUGAUGUUGAAAAAGAGAAUUGUAGUGUACCAUCCGAGAAUAGAAGCUGUCCAGGAGUUUACCAGGACUUUGCCUGCUUUAGUGUGGCAUCGACAAGACUGGUCAAUUCUUCAUUCAUACGUACAUCUAAAUGAGGAGGAACUGGAAGCCUUAAAAGCCUGCACAGGUUACAUUGCUGGAUUUACAGAUUCUGAAGUGAACAGUAGACCGGACCUCUACGAUGUGCACGUGAAUUUGGCAGAGAGUGAGAUCACUAUUUCCCCUGUAGUAAAAGAGGCAAUGACAAUGGGAAAACUUCACAAAGAAAUUGGCCAACUGAUCGUUCAAUCUGCAGAAGAUCCAGAUAAAUCAGACAGCCAAGUCAUUAAGGAUAUUUCUCUGAAGACAAAAGAAAUCUUGGCUACUUUGGCCUCCCUUGCCGAAGUUUCCGAUGGCAAUGAAAAACCAACCCUUAACUCUGAGGCCCUGAAACAGAAACGAUUUCCACCAGCUACAGAAAACUUUCUUUUUCAUUUAGCAGCUGCUGAACAAAUGCUCAGAAUCUGAUUUUGAUGCACUGCAACAAGAUGGACCAAUUCAAAAACACUGUCUUUGCCAUACAGAUAGGUAUAACUGAUAUUUUAUAUGGAAAAAUUAAAGAUAGAAGAGUGAAUGUUAUACUUACCGUGAAAUAAUGCAGAAUAUCGGAGCUUGACCGGGAAUAUAAGGACGCAUAUUUGGGAACAUUCCUGGUGUCAUUAUCUUUCCCCAAGUAUAAUUUUGUGUAUAUGGCUCCUGUGUUUCAUAUCACAACAUGGGUGUACAGACAAACAGCAUGAGCCCGUGUGUCCAGGCUGUGCCAGACAUUAUUAGAGUGGCUGUUUGUCCUAUGGGUUCCAGAUGUCGGGCAGCUCUGCUCUUGCUCCGAUUUGUCUUCCUGGGGUUCGGGGCAGGGGCUGCAGCACAUGUGCUGUCAAACCAGCACAGGAACACACCGAGCGCGCAGUUGCUCGUUCUGGGCUUCCAGGUACAUCAGCCCCUCUGAUAUCACUCUUGCUCUGGGCUGCGUGAUACCAGGAAAUCCCAAAUAAACGGACAAGUUCUCUUCUUUCUACUUGAAAGUGUUGCGGUGUGAAAAAGAUGUCUGGCAAAAUCGGAUGUGUGUAAAGAAGGAGGUAUUUUGAAGCUCGUGUGGGAGCUGAGUCUUGUGGACUCUUGCCUUAGGUUUUCCCGCAUUUCACUCCAUCCUGUGCCUCUGACGGAGGGAAAAGAGGACAGGACACUGUUUAACAUGAGGCUUGCUGGGGGUCACAGACAAGUGCUGCUUUACAGCUGGAGUCAGUGAAGAAGCUGUUGCGCUUCUCUGCUGAGAGGACACCUGCCCAUUCAUUCCUGAUCCAUUUGGUAGAAAACCGGAUAAGUUAAAGCCUUAAAGGACUAGAAAUGUUGCAAUGGCCAGUCACCGCAGGUCGAGCAUCAACCGCUUGCACUGCUCGAGCUGUAACACGGGUACUGUCUGGUGGUGCUCUGUGUAGACUAAAUGGAGAUGAAAACUUCUUAAAUAAUAGCAAAACCUGGGAAAUAGAGAAAAUUGAGAUUUGCCUACUUGUUUGGUUGCACAGCCAUAACUCGAGAUUUUCUUAUUUGUUUUUUUCAUUGAUCCGCCUGAAACUAACUGCUUUAUAAUCUUCUGAGAAGAGCUUGGAUUCUUUGUAGGGAAAUACUGUGAGCCAAACGGUCUGUAUUUCUUCAGAAAUGCGCGCAGCAAAUCAGUCACAUCUGCAGUAGCACUUUGUUAUAAGAAAAAAUACCUUUUUUCCUGGCCUUUGUACAGAUAGGCUGUAGCAUGUGGUUUUACAUAGAGGUUUUAUACUUACGAUUAAAACUUUAGUAAUCAAUAUUUAUAUUGUUAAAUAAUUGGAUGUUUCCUAUACUGAAACUGGUAGAGCUCAUCAAUAACCGUGUGCAAGCAAUAUUGGUUUGAAGAAGGGUUGUUCUUUUCCUUCACAUCACACGUUAAGGAAAUCUAUUUUAGAAUGUGGGUAAGGAAUGCAGCAUCCAUGUAUAAAACAUCUCGUUAUUACAGUCAGUCUGAAAGUGCUUCAGAAUAAUCCCCUAUUUUCAGGGGUGUAAAAUUCCACUUUAAACACUCAACUCUGCAGUUUCAAUUCUGAACACUGAAGUGUGUUGUGUUUUUUUAACUCCUGCGAAAAAUACUACAUUGGCCUUCAUUUACCUGUAAGUGUUCUGCAUUUUUUGCCCCGUUUACUCAUUAAUGUUUUUUCUCAACGGUUCCUUAGUAUUGCUGCUUCUGUUUGGGACUUUUACAACAGUCAGAAUAGCAGAACUGCAAAAUGAUGCCGAAAAUUCCACUUUAAAGUCCAUUGAAACAGAAGUCUUUCUCAAAGUAAAACAUGAACAUGCUUUCCAUCAGCUGUCUUAACACCACAUUAGAACUGUGAAGAAAUUCACGCAGUUUCUUACUAACAAAAAGCCUUAAGGUUUAUCAUCAAGGUAGUUAUGGGUGUUAGAGGUGACCACAAGAAGCAGAGCAGCUCGGUUACAAACUAAAUAUCGAAUGCUGGCUUUGCUUUCUGGUUUGGAAAUGUUCAAGUUGAAAAUGUUGGUGUUGUGUUAGAUCUCGUAUUCUGACAUUGGUGUGAAACAAAUGAAAUAUAAUUUUGCACUUAAGGAACUGGACUCAUAGCAUGCUUAUGUCUAUUAAAAAAAUCCUGAGCAGUCUA